GUAGAGGACCUUGUGCAUUGCAAAACAUUUCAUGUUUUAUAUCUCAGGACAAAUUAGCUAGCAACAGCAAGCUAGCUAGCUAAAUUGUAAUGAAUGUUUCAUGCGUUUCAACCUGUCCCCAAAUGAAUAUAGUUGGUUCAGAGUUUGUUUUGAUAUUUCAACCUGUGCUCUCCACCACUUACUCACACUUACUCACCCCCAGCAGCAGUAGCAGGUCACAGUGAAUUAUAUAUAAUUUUUCAGAGAAAUACUAUGGCCGCCAUGGUGCAAUUUAGAAGGAGACCAAAAUCCGCGACGAAUACAUUUUCGCCCGCGGCAUCGUUUUCAAAGUAGCCCAAUUUGGUGGAAAACCUGUGAGCAUGGCAUCAUUGCUUUGAGUUGACAGCCUGCACAUGCACAUUUCUGCGCGAGACGACCGUUAGCCCCGAUGACAUAUUUCUGCACAUUCCCUUAGCUAGCCAACGUCGCCAUGACAUCGCCUACAAUUGUGAACAAGAUUUCUAUAGAAGCAGUUUCUGCCUCCAAUCUUCAUUCUGUACUGUCUUUGACUGAGCUAUAAUAAGAUCGAAAUCAAUCAGGUGGUUGUUCGACGAAACCAACGUCAUUGAUCACGUACUUCUGAUAAAGCGAUUGAGGCAUUGGCACAUUGCUUUGAAGUACAGUGCUUAGCGAUUUUGAUGAUGCCUCGGAGCUCCGGGAUCAAACGUAACAUAUGGGAAUACAAGGUUCAUAUCUUGUCUAACCAAGCUUUACAAUGUAUUUGACACAACGAAAUUAACAAAAUAGCAUGCAAACGUUACUCCACACCGAGUUCAAUCGAAUCGGGCCUGGCUAGCUAUCUCAAGUAUAAGUAGCUAGCUGUGCUCGUUUCACCCACCCGAUGUGGUAUUAGCUGGCAGCAUGCAUAAUGCAAAGGGCCACUGUUAAAUCAACGUGUGGGACACUGAACUAUGCAGCAUGUAUGUCUCCAAAAGGAUCUCCAAUGCCUAUUUUGUCUGUGAAAGAAGGCCCACUUUGACCUCUGCCACAGAGACAUGCCCACACAACUUUGCCGAAAUGCUGCCCACGGAAAUGAGCUUGAAGAUUUUUAGUGAACUGGACAUUGACAGCUUAUGUAGUGCAUUGUUGACCUGCAAACUGUGGCACCACAUCAUUGAAGACAGCGACCACCUCUGGAGGAAUCAUUGCCUGACUGUGCGAGCUUUCUGUCAACAGGAGAUUGAUGGGGACAGACAGUAUGGACUGUCAUGGAAGGUCACCCUGGUGCGGAACUACAGGAGAGGUUUUCUGAAGAGCGAAUGGUUAAGGGGACGAUACAGCAACAUUCAUUCUGCCGAUGAACUACUGGACAGGAACAUGUGCUCAUUGGAUGUCGAGACUUGGGGCGAGAUUCUGGAAGCAGAGCUGGAGAGAUAGAUGCAAAUCCCAUAAAGAGCUAUGAAUGAACCUUUUAGAUUUUCUUUUAUAAUUAUGUCUUAAGCACUUAUUGAUUCGUUUUAUACCUUUUAUACAGUUUUAUGUGAUUAUGGUUAAUAAUCACAAACUUGUAUUUCUUUUUUUGUUAUACAUUAAUAUAUGGUAGGCUAUAUUCCAGGAAAAUAACGAUACCCUUUAAUGAAUUCCUAAAUCAGUGAUACAAUUGGGCCUUCACCACACUGAAUAAAGUGGGCUAUUAAGAUGUUAAUUUGCAUUUACAGUAUAGCACUAAAGUUUAGCACUUUUACUACUUGGCAGUGUUUAUUAGCUAUUUAAACUCCUUUGGUUGACAGUGUGUAUAUGAGUUAUACUGUAUACAAUAAUACUCAUAAUGCACUGUAUCAGAUAUAUGGGGCUGGAGCACUAUAUUUUCUAUUUUAAUUAAUUUUGACAUGACUGUUCAUGUGUUCACUUCAUGUAACAGCCAUGCAUAUUCAUGUGUUACUCACUGUAGGCUAUAUCACCAUACAUUCAUUGAAAGACAUUAUUUUGAUGCACAAACACAUUUGGUGUGGUGCAUAAUAUCUUCAAUAGUCUAAUUCAAUUAUUGCAGAUAGUUUAAAUAUGGCAAUUGACUUUGUCUUUAUAAUUAUGGUACUAUCUGCCACUGUAUCAAAUUAAACGGCAAUGAAACUU